AAUUUUCCUUGUAAAAAUCAGGGAGCGAAAAUUUUUUCCUGAUAUUAAUCGAUGGUAUAAAUAAAAUCAAUUCAAAGACUACCAAUUUGGGAUAUACUCUUUGAAAAACACGCGGACAUUUAGCAUUUGAAGAAUAAAUUUGACGAAAUACUAGAUUUAGUUUUGAUUAUCAUCAAUGACAAUUCGAGGGAAGUUUAAACUUUCCGUCCUUCUUUUCAUCCUAUUUAAUGUAGUUGAUGGACAGACAUCUGCGGAGGAGGACAUUCGGUCAUUCCGAUGUCAUAACAUAGAGGACAGUCUGACUGACGUGAAGGUGUCCACCUAUGUGGUCAACAAUGGAUACCCCGACUGCAAUUCAGAACUGGACGAGACAUUCUACGACGACGACGCUUCGGUCAAACGACACGGAAUGGUGAGUGGUGAAGUUGGAUCCAGACAGGUGACUGCAAUCGCGAUGGCAUGUAUGUCAGAGGGCAACUCACUCGACACACUCUUCCCAGUGAAGAAGCUGGCGUGUCCUGGCAACUACUCUGGCAGCUACUUCGACUGCACCAAACUGUGCGACGGGAUCCUCGACUGCGAGAACGGAUUGGAUGAAGACGUCUGCUUCAGCUCCGAGCGAUCGGUGUGCGUGAACUCUGACGAACUGGGCACUUCUGGCGAUUUCACUUCGGGAAAGGAGAUCUACCCGAGACAGUGUGAGCAAUACUGCAGUUCUAACUUUAUCCCUUUCAACUGGUGGGCAAUCAUCCCUGGAAAAGGAGAGGAGGACGAUUUCUGUGAAUGCUACGACAGCCCUGUGACCUCAAUUCCAAUUGCUAUGCCAUGGGAAGACUGUAGUGAGCCUUGUUUCUAUGGCAAUGGACUUAUCCCUUGUGGAAACACUCAGUUCGGAAAGAAACGAGCAGUAUUCGGAAUAAUCCGACCGCAGGAAACCCGACCGACAUACUCUGACUGUGAAGUGCAAACCCCUUCGUGUGUGGCACCCUUCGCUACUGUUGAAAUUAACGUCACGUGUUCAUUUGAAGACGACAUGGAGAUGUCAGCAGUCGUGAACGAGAACAGGUGUCUCGUGUCCAAUCGGGAUAUGGAUGAGAACAAAGUAUAUUACGUCAUGCCCAACCCACAGAAAGAUGAGUCUGGAAACAUAAUUGCUGGCGCCGAAGAAGGAAGCAUUGCAGUUGAACUCGCAACUUCGUACGGCAUCAUGAAGGUUCCCAAGUCGUUCUCUCUCUGUCCCAGAGAAGUGGUCAGUCUGGAGAUCACUGGCCUGCAGUACCAGCCAAAGGGACAUAAUACGGACAUGAUGCUGACCUUGUAUGGCGGGGAGAGCAUGAAGUUGACACUAUGGACCGAGACUGCUUCGGGAAAAUCGGAAGUUCAGACUAUCGCAGAGUCACUCAAUCUGGUGCAUUCCAUGGGUCAGUGUUUCUGUGAGGCAGGCAACCCCCUCGCAGGUCAGUUGGGUGACAUCAUGCAGCAACAGGUGAAGGGGGAGAAGAUGGUGUUCCCUCAUGCAGUGCAGAAGGCAGGAUACAUCUACGGAGCGAGUGCAUGUAUCCACACAACCGACAACUUCGACACCAAGUUCGCAGGCGACGUCGAUCUCAAAAUACAGAAAGUUAGACCUGAGUGUCCGACUGAGGGCUACGAGUUCUGUGAAGCCACUGGAUACUGCCACUCUCCCAACAGUCUGUGCGAUGCAAAUUCCGCUGACAAGGAGAACCCAAGUUUCGUAAAGGUGAUGAACGGAGAACGAAACAACCAAAUGUAUGGCCUGGAGAGGUUCCUGGACAGUUGUGGCUGCGACACUGUCUUCUCUGACACUGACAAGAGAUUCAUGACGAAGGUGGAGCCAGGAGACUACCUGCUGGUGGAACUGUUCUCUCUCUACCAGAAAAUCAGCUACUACAUUGAGGGCGAUAUCAGUGCGAACGAGGAAAUCAUUGUGCUCGACACUUCUUUUCGGUUUGCGAGGAGGAUGCAAGGAAAGAUGUCUCUGCAAUUGCAUAUCUAUGAGGAGCACACGAUUGAUCUGAGUGAGGCUGCAGUCAUUUCAACUGAGGGAGAGGCGGCUGUGUUUGCACAGAUCGAGUACAGCUACGGCUGUUGUGGUCCCCUUCUGAGUGAGAAACCAGUGACCGUCCAGACUGUUCCUGGCUUCGUCUCUAUUGAAACUUCUUCGCUCAGAGGGUCUGUGCUGACAGCGGCUGGUGAUGAAAUCGAGAUCGGGCCAUUCAACUCAGGUCCAAUCAGUGUCCAGGCACUGGGAUCGUCAUUGAACUAUUCAUUCUCAACUACCAGCUCAGAGAUCACUGUGACAGCAGAAGAGGGCCAAAAUUUCUUUGAAGUGGACUGUGGAUGCUCAGCCGAAGAGCAGUCCUGCCAGCACGUAGUCGAUAUCCACAUUACAAACAACCUGGAGGAGAAAUACGACGUGAACAAACCAGUGACCAUCCACUGUGACCACUGCAAUUUGCCCAGUCUGGAACUGAUUCUGAAGAUGGAACCAGCCGCUGGAGGCGAGUCAUAUCCAGUGCCUCAUUUGGUCGGCAGGGAUGAGAAUGUGUUGAUUUUCUUCGAGAAAGGCCAGAGUUGCAACAGGAUUCAGAGAUGCAAUGGCGCCGAAGCUGUGUGGACUGUGAACGGAGUGAUGGAUCCUAGAUUCGUAACUUCCGAGCUGCCCUACUCCCAGCUGAACUUGCUGCCCAACAACGAAAUGGAGAUCCAAGUGUGUCAGAAAUACUGCAAAGAUGAUAAUCAGGACGUAGGAGUGGAAGCCUGUGGGAGUGUUCGUUUCGUAGUGUCUCCUUCCAAGUGCAGUCUGACCAAACCCUCCUUCACCUCAAUCGUGCUGAAUGAGGCCAAAGAGGUGACCAUUGGCUCCUCUGACCCGGAUGGACAAGGCGCAUGUGACGAGUGUUCGAUGAGUGUGACAUAUCAGUCACAUGCCAUGACUCAAGCAUCGGUUGCCGAAGUGAUGCAGAAUGUCACUGGAAAAACUGUGACGGUCGAUUCCCCGAGUCAGUACGAGUACUCGAGAGGCGAGUACAUUGACGUCGACUUCUGCUGCUCCGACGCAGUCCCGAACCGACCUGACUCGUGUGGCCAUCACCAACUGGAGGUAAUCGCUCCAGGGGAACCCGAGAUUGAAAUGAUUGACUCGGCUGAAGUCGAGAGAUGCGACCUGGACUGCGAUGAAGAUGCGAGAUUCGAGGUGGAUCUUAACUGCGAUAACUGUGGUCCUCCCGAGGAGUACGACAGAAGUGGGAUCAAUGUCCGCUGGACCAUCCGACAUGAGGACUCCACCGACUGCAAUGAAAAUGCUCCUGUCGACUAUGAGGCUAUGUCCAACCUGUACAGAUACAAGCUGAGUGAUGACAACUGGACCUUCAAGUACUCAAAUGUCUGCUCCAUCUUCAGACAACCAGAGACAACUGACGGGAUCUGUCUGUGUGUGCAAGUGCAGUUCCCUCGUGGCCUCGGAGGCCAAAAGAGGACCAUCUGUCGUAAAUACAUGAGGAACUUCGGACCCAUUUUCAACGAGACUCUCCUUCAACCGUCCAAGAUCACCCAAGUGCCGAUACCUGCCAACUGUAUUCCCAUUGCGAACACGACUAACUUCACGUUUGACCCCAUGUUGGCUUAUGGGCCCUAUAAACCCAUCAAGUAUAACGUCGAGUAUGACGGAGUGCCGCUAAGCAAAGAAGAUACGGCGGCUCCCAAGUUCACAGUGUUCUUGAAGCCAGGAGUGUCUGAGAUCAAGAUCCGAGCAAACGACUCCUGCAAUGUUCAGACGUACAGGGUCAUUCAAGUCUCUUGUGAGCAGGACAUCAGUGAAGACCAAGUGGAGGGAGUGGUGGAUGGGAUGGGGGAGAUAGACAGUCCCGAGACCCAGCAGAAGACUCUGUCUCAGCUGAAUGCCGCUUCUGACAAGUGCAAUGCGGGAUGUGCGGACAAGGUUUCUAUGGUGCUCGAAGGAGUGUCAGUCGAGGACGACAACGCUGCCGCCCAGGUUGCGAGUUUUGCGGCCGCUGCCAAAGUGGACACGAUGAGUUCGGAGUCGCAGGGUCGCAUGGUGAAAAUGGUUGAGAAGUCCUACAAGGCACUGGGGAAGAAGAAGGGAAACACAAAGGGCAAGUCACGUGCUCUAAGACAGGGAGCCAAUUUGCCCGGCAAAGUGAUGCUCUCCGGAUUCAAAAAGACCUCAAGUGGAGAAGCGACUACUACCACAACUACUACAACUACAACUUCAACCAGUACUGUGUCUGCCGAUGGAACCGUGAUCAGUAUCCAGGAGCAGCCAGAUGUCUGUGGAGGUCAAUCAGGACAGAGUGCCGAUGUUGCGACAAUGAUCCGCAGCUCUCUAGGAGAUCUGGCUGCAGCCAUUGUGUGUGGACUAGCAGAGGGGGAGAAGUCACCGGCUAUCAACGUCACAGAAGACAACCCAGUUUUCUCAAUGUCCUGCACCCGGUCUAAGAACCAACUGUUUCCGGACACUGGAACCCACAUUCCAGAACUGCCAUCCGAUUGUGACGGAGACUCGUGUGCUCUAUGUAACAUCAAGUUCUUGGGCUGUGCGGAUGCGAUGCCUGCCGACAACGCUCCGAGCAGUGAGAAAGUUGACAUCAAGCUCCUUAAAAUCACAUGGAGCGAAACCGACGAGGAUGAAUGCAAUUUAUCUGUGCUUAAAAUCCGAGACCUCCCGAUCGAGUCGGCGAUUGAGUUCUCGAACGAGAACCUUGCCAAACAGCCUGUCGUGCUAACGAGCGCCAAUUUGACCCAGCAGAAAGAUUUUCUAUCUGUGGAUGUGAACGUUUCAGAUGAGAACUCGGCAUUGAUUGUUGAUUUCUGUUUGGAUACAUUGUCUAUGCAAGCUACCCAGAUUGUAGUGCGAAUGAGGUAUAAUUUCUCGAGUCAUGAUUGGACCACUAUCGGCGAUGACCAAAUGGAUUUCGCGAACUUGGCUGUCAAUACUUCCGCUGUCGAAGACGACUUCUUUUUCAUAUUCGAUCCUGCCAACUUCACCGGACUCAUUGAGGAAGUGUACCUUGACGGGGUGGGUCUGAUCUCCAACGAGACUAGGGAUGAGUGUCUGACUUCGAAUAUUGUGGCCAACAACUGCUUCCGAGCAUUCCUCUCCGGCUUCACAUUGGCAAACAGAGUGGGCCCAUGGUCUGUUGCCAUCAUGGCAGGAUUUCAAGAAGAGCCGGAUGAUUCAAUCGUGCAGGAGAUAGACACGAUUGUGUACCAGACCUCGUGUCUGUACUACAACGAAGUGCUUCAGACAUACACGACAGAGGGCACCUCGCCCAGUCCCAGCACCAGUUGUGCCCAGAUCAAAUGCAAGACCACUCACUUGUCCUCUUUCGGAGGCUCCUUCUUCGUACCACCCAACAGCCUCAACGUCAUGGACUCUAUCAUGAUGCUGAGCAGUCUGCAUGAGAACCCGACUGUGUUUGCCACUCUUGUGUCUGUGCUCAUUCUCUACAUUCUGGUUGUCGUCUGGUGCCGAAGGAAGGACAGGAGAGACGAGAAAAAACUUGGUAUUACAUUCUUGGCCGACAACGACCCUCGGGAUAAUUACCAGUACGAGAUAACUGUCUACACUGGAAUUGGAGGUGACGCCGGAACCUCAUCAAAUGUCACAAUUAUCCUGUGUGGCGAAAAGACUAACUCAAAGCCUCAUGUGCUCCUGGAUGAAGACAAAGAAUUGUUCUGCUCUGGUAGUGUGGACACGUUUAUUCUCACUACACCGGAGUCACUGGGAGAACUGAGCUCGCUGCAGAUCUGGCACAACAACAAGGGCAACCAACCUGCCUGGUAUCUGAAACAUCUGGUCGCAAAAGAUCUCAAUGACAACAACAAGCAGUACAUCUUCUUGAACAACCGAUGGCUCGCAGUGGAUAAAGAUGACGGACAAGUGGACCGAGAAAUCCCAGUGGCGUCCGAGGACGAACUGAAAGACUUCACGACUCUCUUCAAGAAUAAGAUCGAGCGUGAUCUGUGGGACGGAAACAUCUGGUUCAGCGUGUUCGGUCGACCCGUGCGAAGUAGUUUCACUCGUGUGCAGCGUGCAUCCUGCUGUCUAUGUCUGCUCUAUUGUACCAUGUUGGCUAAUAUCAUGUUCUUCGGAGCUGCAGAGGCGGAUACGAACACCAUCUCGGUCAUGGGAAUCGAACUAAGCUGGACUCAGGUUAUGAUUGGCCUUCAAUGCAACGUCGUCAUUUUCCCCGUCAACUUCCUUGUCGUGUACCUGUUCAAAAAUGCCAAGCCAAGGGUUCCCAAAGAACUUCGCGACACUGAAGCCAUGAAGAGCGGCAAGUCCCUGACGGCUGCACGUGGACACCAUCGCAGUGCGAAGAGUCAGAGAAGUUUCACGAAUCUGAAUUCGGCUUCGAGAACGAGUAUCCAGUCUGCGGGACGCAUGACAGUGUCGCACACGUCCAUGUUUAAGAGCAAGAAGAGCAAGCCGAAGGGGCUGUUUGGAAAGCUGAAGGCGAUGAUGCCUGGCCAGAAGAAGACAGCGAAGGAUCAGCUGGAGGCGUCUACAUGCAGUAUUGAGAGUGUAAUCAAUGAGCCCCCUCCGAGUGAGAUGGAAGAGGGAAAGAAGCCCAAGGGACUGCCCUGGUGGACUGUGUACAUUGCAUGGGUACUUAUGGUCAUGGUAUCUUUCGUGGCGGCCUUCUUCACCCUGCUGUAUGGUAUGGCCUAUGGUAAGAGUCAGAGCAACCUGUGGCUGAAGACAUUCCUGAUGGGCUUCUUCGAGAGUCUCUUCUUUAUCCAGCCUCUCAAGUGCAUCUGUCUUGGUCUGUUCUUCGCUCUGUUGAUCAAGAAGCCAGAGCAGCCGGAUCCGAAGGAACAACAGAGGAUGGAGAUCAUAGAGAACACGUCUGAGAGAGGAAAGGCUAUUGUAGAGCUGGACUACAGCGACUACAAAAGGCAGUACAAGAAACUGCAGCAGGCCUAUUCGAAGCCGAUGGCCACAGACUUGGAGGCGGCCAAGAAGUACCGGGAGAAGAUGAAGAAGAUGUGGGAUGCCCUGUUCGAGAUAGGGAGGUACUUCAUAUUCCUGUUCCUGCUCAGCACCAUAUGCAACGCCCAGACCGAUCCACAGGGCUAUCUCAUGACGGAGAACCUCCGAAAUAUGUUCACAACGGGUACCAAGUGGCCAGGCAUUACCAAAUAUCCCGACUACUGGGCUUGGAUGUACAAAUCUCUCAUUCCGAACCUCUACAGCCAGCAGUGGUACAACGGCAACGUCACCGAUGACAUCCAGGGAUUCACUAGUGACCACCAGUCGUAUCUAGUCGGCGCGGCUCGUAUUCGGCAGGUGCGAAUGGACCCUCUCGCUCACUGCUAUGCGCCGAAGAUCAUCCAAGAUACUGUGAAUGACUGCUAUCCGGACUACUCGUUGGGAGACGGGGAUGUUGCGGGCUAUUACGAGGGCUGGAUUGUGCCACCCGAGAACGAGACAAUCAACACGGACGAGUACUACUUGAAUGAAAAAGAUCACCCCGUUGGAUCGAACCCCUGGGUCUAUGUACCACAGCUGCAGGCCGACGGUAUUCCGAUUAUGGGUGACCUGAACAUGUAUGGACCUGGCGGCUACAUCCUCACUCUGAGCACUGACCCCGAAAAGGCGAAGGAGGAUGUGGAACGACUUCAGGAGAUGAGCUGGGUGGACACCUUGACUCGUGCAGUGAUUAUUGAGUUCACGGUGUUCAACCCCAAUGUGAACCUGUUCUCUGUGGUCAGUCUGGUGGUGGAGUUCAGUGCACAGGGAGACGGAUACCCCUACGAACAGAUGAAAACGCUGCGUCUCUAUCCCUACAUGAGCAGUGCUGGCUACUUGGUACUGGUAUGUCAACUGGCAUAUCUAGUGUUCCUAAUCUACUACAUGUGGGUGGAAGCUAAGGAGGUGAAGCAGCUGAAGUGGGGCUACCUGAAGCAGUUCUGGAACUGGGUGGAGAUCGUCAUCAUAGUGCUCUCGUGGACCUCCUUCGGUCUCAUCAUCUCUUACGUCAUAGGAGUGGAGGUGACCAUGAACCAGAUCAAGGAGUUCUCCAACACCCGGUUCAUCAGCUUCGGAGGACCGGCAACUGUCAACGAGACCUACAGAGUGGUAUCUGCGAUCACGUGUUACUUUGGAUAUAUCAAACUGAUGUACAUGAUGCGGUUCAACAAGAAGAUGUCUUCCUUCGCCUGUGUGCUCAAAGUGGCAGCCAACGACAUCACCAACUUCCUCAUCAUGUUCACCGUGGUGUUCAUUGCGUUCGCCCAGUUCGCCUACCUGGUUCUGGGCUCUGUGGUGUCUGGCUACAAGUCCUUCGUGACCUGUUCCACCACCCUCAUGGCCAUGCUGCUUGGACAAUGGGACUUCUACGAAGUGGAGGAGGCUGACCGAAUGCUCGGUCCUGGGUUCUUGUUCACCUACAUAAUCUCGGCCAACUUGAUCCUCCUUAAUGUGUUCCUGUCAAUCAUCUGCGAGGCAUGUGACCAGGUCAAUGGUGAGGUCGCUCAACAGGAGAACGACUUUGAGGUGGUCGAUUUCAUGGUGGGCCAGGUGAAGAUGCUGAUAGGGACUAGCAGACUGACUCAGAAUGCGGCCAAGAAGAUGCAGGACGACCUGGAACAGGAGAAGGAGGACGAAAUGGAUGGUGAGGUGGGAGAGGACGGGGUCCCCAAGAAACCCAUCGACAUCGACAGUGUGUUGUGUGACUUCGAAGGCCAGAUGAACUACAUCAGUGGCCACUACUGCGGAAGCAGCUCCGAGGACGAAGAAGAUGAGGAGUUCGGCAAGAUGCUCUCCGACUACGGCAACAGUCGAAGCCAACUCCUCAACGCCUCUGGAAACUCCAAUGAUGAACACUCCUUCUCCGCUAGGAGUUUCAACAUUGCAGUCCAACGGUGAACCCCACCUCUCUUCCCGACAUGAUCCCCCACUCCUUCACUGCACCACUUUACCCUUGACUAUGUUGAGGCAAAGGCAGGUUGAUGAAGAUGGGAUCAAGACGAGGUAUCAUCAUAGAAGAUAGAAAAACUUUACAAAGCGAAGACUUUCAAAGAAGGACCAAAAUGUGUAUUGGACCUGGGAGUCCCUCGUUUAAAAACGGCAGCUAUAUUGGUGCUGACAUCUGUAGUUAUUAAAAAAUAUUUCGUUGAAACCAUGAACCAACCUUUCCUCGUGUUACUAAAAUCCGAAGUGUCUGAGACGCGAAAAUACUGAUAUUUAAUGUUUUCCGGUGAAAAAAAUACUGUGAAGCAAUGUGACAAACGAAAAUAGUCAUGUUUUUAUGAAACAAAAAACAUUUUGAUUAUAAACACUAGAACCAGAAAAGAGUGAUACGAACUGGUCAAAAUCAAAAAAUGAAACUAAAUUACAGUUGUUCGGAUUACCAGAGGAAAGUUAGGCUUUUCAAUUUGAAAUGUGAAACCAAGUAAGGUAACCAAGUUCUACACAGCUCUUUAAAUAAAUGUUCUAGACAUUUGAUGUUGAGUAAAGCUAAUUAAUAAAAAUGCUUUUGAAUUGA